AUGCCCUGGGAAACGUCCUAUGGAAAAGAAGUCUCUGACUCGGCCCUUAUUGCUCCAGACCAAUCCACUCCAAUGUACUUUGGUGGCGAGUUGUCGGUAAGUCGACUUUACCCUCUUCUACCUGUUUAUUUUUCCCAAUGUGCUUUGGGCAUUUUGCAAAAGUGAGUUCGGGUGUCCGAUUCUGUAAUAUGCAUAUCUGGAAAAUGUUUUGUACUUCGAUCUUCGCUGCAAGAAGUGACACACAACACGACCCUUGUCAAAAUAGAUCCUACCUCACAAAUCUCUUAAUCUAAUGGAAAUGUGAAUGAAGGCUUCGGACACUGCACGUGUUCUGUGCUGCGACUUUAGAAAGACGUUUGACUCUGUCUCACGCCAGCAGCUUCUCCACAAGUCAUCUCGAUGGGGAUUAAGAGUGAACCUGCGCCGACCUGAAAUUUUUGCGUGGGCAGCAACAAGGGAUUACGGUGGGAGGAUGUGUCGGAGCUGACCGCUGUCAAAAAUAGCUACCAAACUAGUGAAUGAGAUUAAGUCUAACUGUCCUCAAGGUACGGGAAAUUAUUUGGGGUCAAAGAUAACCACACUAUCUUGCAAAAGAGCAUAGCCUACGUAACUGGAGUUAAUGGCGGUGCAUGAUGGUCAGAGUUUCGAAAAGCAUGACAUUGUAUUUUGACUCUGCACAGCCGGGCGGGAGGUGAAAUAGAAUUUCCCGGUAGCGUCAUUUGGCGUCGACGAUUUGAUUCUACUCAGUUCAGUCCUAGAGCAAGGUAAUCUUCUGUUCACUUGCCCUUUUACUCUGGGUAAAAUUGCCACGAAAUGUUUUCUGUUCAGGCUUUAAGAACUCAAAUGUCAUGCUAUCAACCAUGGGUUAGACUUCCCUCUUGUUUGUCAUCUUAGGUUCACCGUGACUUAGCGCAAUACCACGCUCCCAUGCCUGAGUACGCACAUUGUGCAAUCGGACUGGAGGCCUGUGGUUCGAAAGACACCCAGUUCGUUACCGCCUGUCUCCUCAACUCCCUGCUCGGUGGCGGCGGCUCCUUCUCGGCCGGUGGCCCUGGCAAGGGCAUGUACUCUCGUCUCUAUCUAAACGUCCUCAACCAGCAAGUUUCACCGUUUCCUCUCCAUGUUGCUUUAAUUAACUCUUUUCUCGGAAAACAGAUAUGUGAACGACAGUUUUCAGGGAAUUGUCCAAUCUACAGAGUUACAAUUUCUUCGUCGAGUUUGCUAUUUCUUGCAAUUGUACUGGCAGGGUACAGGGAUUUGUCCACUGGUGUGAGGCGAGUUCCAGGGACAUUGAUUCCGUGUUUAUUGUCGUCAUCAUUUGACUUCGGUUUGCGCAUGGCCGCUGCCUUCUCCAUGCUAAUAACCAGUCCACAUUUUGAGCAGUCGGAGACGAAGCGAUUCACAUUUCGCCGCAUGCCUUCCUCCGUUGUGGGCUAUGACGAGCAGUCAUCCGCAAACAAGAGGUCGUGGACGCUGGCCUUGGAGACUGCUGACGGUGCGUUCAUGCGUCGGAUAUUGAACAGCUCUCCAGCAGCUCGAUAAUCAAUAGUAAACGACAGUCGCUACUUACGGUAGUCGUCCAUCAGCACGGCGGAAAGCAUGAAACUAAGGAGAAUGGGUGUGUGCACGGCCCUGCUUCACCCCGUUUGUUACCUCGAAUAAUUUUUAGACCGACCCGUUUUGCGUGACACGCAAACUUGCGUGUAUCCAUCCUAACAUCCAAAUUUCAGUCUGUUUUUCCAGAGUACACGGCGAUUCACCUUGUCAAAAGCCUUAGCCGGAUCCGCGAAGGUGAUAUAGUGGUUGGGUUCACGUUCCCUGCCACUCUUCUUGCAAUGGUAGAAGGUCGCUCACCGAUCGUGUUAGGGAACUCAUUCGCCCAACCAGCAGCCGCACGGCGGCGCGUAAUCUAGGCAGAUUAGCAUUACUGACAAAGGCACAACGGGACUAGUGAGUUCCGUAACACGAUCGGUGAGCGCCCCUCUUCCAUUGUAUGUUCUCGAUCGCAGCCCCGUCUCCUUUGUCUUUGUCAGUUAUGUUAUUCUACUCUUCUUGCAGUUGGCUGGCCGCGAAGAUCAUGUCUCAGAAGACGACGAUGAUGAGAUCGCCGGAACGAGUUUUUUCGGCCUGAACUUUCGGAUUCUUACUCGAACCCACUACCAGAGCCGGUCGCAGAUAAGGCAGAUGGAGGCACAAUGAGCGCAGUAUUUGUAGGGCGCAGUUACCAUGUGCCCACGCGCCUACUAUAAUUAACGGGGGUCGUAUUUGAUGGUUUGUUAGCUCGCUAACAGCCCAGUCGUUAAUUGCCAUCAUUUCGUCGCCGCUGCUGAUUCUUACUCGGCCAUCGGGCUGGUUGUUAUUGAAUCUGUUGGCUCCUCGCGCCUUCCCGUGUGGCUAAUUGCUUUACCCAGGCGAGGUCUCAACACAGAAUAUACGGUCAUGAUAUCACUGCGCUCGGCAAUGCACUGUGGCUUAAAAGGUCUGAGAGCGUGGGCUAUGUCAGUAUCAGCCAACCAUGGCCCUAAACUUCUACUGCGCUAACCUCCGGCAUCGGAAAUAUGCUGCUUUGCUGACGUAGCUCCUGUGUAGUCGGUUCGUUCCUGGAGAGCAAAUUGAGGAUUUCUUGGUCGUUUUCAUCCACUCAGUCCCGAUGCAAUCGGCGUCAGUGACCGACUGCUUCCGGAGCUGUUGAUCUCUUUGGGGUUUGUCCAUCCCAUAUGAACAGUGGCAUUCGUUUCCAGAACUCACGUUUGUUUCAAAUGAAAAGUUUCGCUAUAGUUAGAAUCCGAUCGGUCUUCAGCCAUUUCCAGGUAUAUAGUACUUGCUUGAUGUGAUCACAUGUGUGCUUGCCGUUAUAGUUAUACCUAAUACAAGUGUAAUCGUGCGUGAUCUGACCGGCCUGCAUGAUGUCCGUAUUGUACCUGUCACCUGCUACGAUCCGCGGUAGCGGUCUUGACAGCUCGAACCAUUCUCUCCUACGGCGACCGAGACCGAUUUGCUUUCGUCUCGGCCUAGAGUCGUGGACAUCAAACAAUCGCCUGAAAAUGACAUCGGCGAAGCCCUUCGCAACAUUGUCGAUGAGGCUUACGCCCCUAUAGUUUCCGAACCCCAGUCAUCAGGAAAGACCUAAUCUCUUCACGUUUGCUCAUUUAGCUCAUGAAGGAGCCGGAUCGCUAAAACGUCGAGAGGACUUGUAGAUUUCAGCGGUCUCUGUUUGGCAUUGGCGAUUUCUCCCUUAGAGAAGGGGGUCGCAUGUCACUGCCGUCUGGAGAGAAACAAAACGCCACUGCAGAGGACAGCGUGGUCGUUAUGGUAUGAGCAUCAGGGUUGAGAAUGUGCUCGCGCCAGCGAGCGACCUUGACUGAAUUAUCAGCAAUAAAUCCGCCAUUCGCAUCGCUAACAGAGUCACUCAGUGCAGAGGUCUUACCGUUAACUUGACGGAUAAUGGGGUUGGGCUUUCGAGCGUCACCAACGUCUGAGCCCUGUUCGUGGAGGUUGCCUUUUCAGCUCAAUAAUUCUUCCGACAUCGCCGUCAUUUUCCAAAGUUUCAGUCAGUUUCAGUUUACUUGAGGGAAAUAUAGGUGUUGAACCUUUGAACUCCCUAUUUGUUACAAGGAAGCGAACUAUAUCAAAAAUUUGAAAAUGGAAACAUCAAGCAGCUACAGAGUUUCUUCAGGUUGGCAAAGUUUUCGAAACCAGACAGAUAAACGAAUUAUUCUAAGAGUUAAACACAUUAACGUUACUAAAUGGCUGAAGCAAUCAUGGGUGGGCACGGGAAUAUAGACCUUGCCUUGCGCCAAAUUCCGGGGAGUUAGGGUUAGGGGGGGGGUUAGAAUUAGGAGAGUUUGCUAUUUGGUUGUAGUCGGGACACGGGAACAGGUAGCCUCGUGCAAUUCGGCGCAGGGCCACCCCAUGUCUGACAGAAUAAUCGUUGCGGGUUUUGAUCGAGCCAGCGGGACAGUCAAGUACAAGAUUUUUCCGCUAAUUCGCCCAGUGCGACUCCUUUACGUUAGCCAAGAAUUUUCUCAGCUGCCCCAUAGACUGAUGAAUUCAAUGAUGCCCAUCGGUUAUUGGUCCUAAAACGAGGCCGGAUUUCUGUGCUCAUGGCCUUGGUGAUGCUGGAUUGUCGAAGCUUUGCGACACCAAGGCCUCUUGCACGGGAUAUUUUGGGUGUGGAUAAGAAGUGAACUUUUAAGCUUUUUAAUGCCGCCCUACGGUCGCCAUGUCACAGUGCCCUCACCGGGCCUUGCGACAUUUUAUAGGGCAAUUGACACACCAUGUCUCAGCGCUUUGCACUCUGGUUGCAUUUUCGCUGCUCAUCUGCGACUGUCUGUUCGCCAGUCCUGAGAGCCUGCCUACUUUGUAAGUAACCUACACUGGAUGUAGUUGCGCUGUCUGCCACAUAUGAAGCAGCCAGGCUGACAAGUAACCCGUCUUCCCGAUAGUUAAAGUCUCAUCUUGGAAACUGCAGAGUGAUGAUCCGUUCAGCAAAUUCCCCCACCAUGGCUUUUGUUACUCGCGCGUCUCUCUGGCCACAUGUGAAUGAGUACAAAUCAGGCGACCGGAGAAGGUUCUGAUCGCGAGGUGACUGCUGCAUGAAGGCUUGCAGGAGGACAAGGCCGUUGCCGAUAUGGCCGCUGUUGCCGUAGCGGUAUAACACUCCCUCUGUUUAACCCUCGUCAUUUCUGAUGAUGGGUUCGGAUGUGAAUGCGAAACGGCCCCGCAAUCGCGUUUUUCCACCUCUGACAUAGUUGCGUGAAUGGCGUGCAGAUUUCCGUAAAUUUGUUCUCAAGACGCCAGCGUCUAGUCACGUUGCCCUUAAACUUUCGUCCCGGAAGAAUAUUUAUCCGACAUCCACCUCCUCCAGUUGUCCUUUUUCGGAGAAGUCGGUGUCACUGAGAUCUGCAAUGUCCACUUUGCGACCUGCCAUUUCCCGGCCGGCUAGAGCUGUCGGUCUCUCAGGUUAGUUGUCAUUGGGCUGUCUUAAAUGGAACAAACGUUCUGAACUAUCAGGGUAAAUGCGGUCAUUCUGGCAGACUGUUGGGAGGACGGGAGGUGAGGACGGCGGUUGUUAUUUAUUAUUGUUAUUCAACCUCAUUAUUUGCAUGCAAAAACCGUGCGCAGCUCGCCGAUGACAUUUAGGGCAAAUUUUAUAGGCUUGGUUCGCGCAAAAGGGCAAGCAGUGUCUGCCUAGUUAGAGCGGUUCGGGCAUCCCGGGUACGUCCCAAAAUCCACGAUUUUUUUUCAGUGAGCCGCCUGUGAGGUCUCAUGCCGCCCUUUCCGUAGGAUUUUCUAAUUUAGUAGGAGGGAGGAUAUUGAGAAUGGGGAUUAGUUCACGGCUUGCAGUGUGAAAACACAGCGGACAGCCACAUCUGGCUUAGCCUGCCAAUCAGCGAUGCUUACGGAGGUGUGACCGCGUGCUGUGCACGGCCUCGUGGAGUCGCAGACGAGGGUUGACUGACAGAGUGGGACAGGCUGAAGUAUGGGCAUCCGGUUCGGCGAUGCAUCUGAUAGGGACGGUCAGUGUACUUCAUAUAAGUACUUAUUAUGAUUUUCGUCCUCUCUGAUAUAUCGGAGCUGGGUGAUGUCGCUUAUGCGUGACGUUCAUCGGCAGUGUAUCUGCGUCAGCGUACUUUCGACAGCGCAUUAUCGAUCAUUUGCUAUCCAACCGCACUAAUAAACCGGAAGCGACCUUACAGCUUCAAGAUGGGUUCCAAACCACUGAUGUCUUGCUCACCCCCUACAGUUGUACGUAUUGUAUUAUUCCGGGACGUAUGGCGUCCGCCCCUAAGCGAGGUUUUAGUUUUAAUCGGGGUUAGUGCUCGAAAUUCUAGAUGACGAAACAGAGAUUCUCACACCUUUUCCACCGAUCUCUGAUUUAUCGUUUCUUAAGCCCUUUUUAUAAUCCUUGAACUUUCUAUUUCUAUUCUGAACCUAUUUUUGACACCCAUCUGCACAUUUAGGUUGCUGAACACUGCGUCCCACCCAUUGAAUUACCGAGUUUUUAAUCUUAUCAUAUGUUUGUGUUUCCUCUUUUAAUCCACGCUCAAUGUGGCCAUCUGCUUGCUGACAGCGCUCAUUAGCCGGGCCCCAUCCUAGCCUUUUGUCUUGCCUGCUUCAGAUACCAUUGGGUGAAUUCAGCCCAGGCGGCCAACCAUGCCUACGCAGAUACUGGCCUCUUCGCAAUUACGGGGAGUUGUGAACCCGAAAAUCUGCACCACCUUGUGAAGGUUCUAGUCAGCGAAAUACGUCACACUGUUGAGGCUCCUAUCAAUGCCAAUGAACUGCAACGGGCAAAAAAUCAGCUCGAAUCGAUGCUGUUGAUGAAUCUCGAAAUGCGUCCUGUAGCCUUUGAAGACAUAGCACGACAAGUUCUGGCAUCCGGCGAGUGGAAACCUCCGGAGUACUGGGUUGAAGAGAUCAGUAAGCAUAAAUUAAUACCUACUUUUUACAAUAAAGUAGCUGACUUUGAAGAUGUAAUUGCGAUUCUAUAAUAGCCCGCCUCUUACGGGCGUACUGAAAUCACGCAAAGAAGCGUCAACAGCGCCACAUCUAUGCUUCUUAAAUAAUAGUUAUUUGGCUUGCCUGACUUUAUUUCUCAUUUACACCAGUUUCGAAUGACAGCUGGACCGGAGGCUUUAUGGACUCAAUUAGUUUCUAACAAAUGGGCGUAAUUAUUAUUUACAGACAAGGUCACGUCGGACCAUCUGCAGGAACUUAUGGCUCGAAUGUUGAAGUCCCCGCCUACGAUGGUGGGUUAUGGUAACAUGACGAAGUGGCCUUCUUAUUCUGAAGUUACCCAGGCUCUUGGCGCCCCGCUAAGGCCUCCAAAAUCCUUCACGGAUCGUUUCCCUAACAUCUUCAAACGGUUCGUUUGA